AAUAUUGGAAUGUAUUCAAUAAUUAAUAACUUUGCCAAAUUGCGUCAGGUGCAUGUGGCAUUUCGAGAUAUUGCUCUAAAGUCUCAGGAGCGACCACUAAAAAUUUGGGUCCAGAAUGUGAUUUGUAUAAGGAGAAAUAUCAAUUCCACAGGACAACUUGAAGCACCAAGUAAACGUACAAAGCUUGAGCUUAAAAGACGCCUUAAAGCCGAACAGAAAGCUAAGGAGAAAGCAGAAAAAGAAGCACAAAAAGCAGCGACGGCCAGUUCUAAUAAUGAAAGCAAUGCUACCAAAAAGAAGGCAGCUGCACUAGAGGAGGAAAUCUCACCUAAUGAAUACUUCAAACUCCGUUCAGCUGCAGUGGUCGAGCUGAAAAAAUCACCAGCAACGCAUCCAUAUCCUCAUAAAUUCCACGUUAGUAUCUCAUUGGAGGAUUUCAUUAAAAAAUACGAGAACCUUAAAGAAGGAGAAAUGCUCGAAGACGUUUCACUGAGUGUUGCUGGGCGUGUACAUGCGAUACGAGAAUCUGGCGUAAAAUUAAUAUUCUAUGAUUUGCGUGGGGAAGGCGUUAAGCUGCAAGUAAUGGCAAAUGCUAAGUUGUAUCAUAGCGAAAAUGCUUUUGAACCGGACACGUCCAAGAUUAGACGCGGAGAUAUAAUCGGUAUCCAGGGUUACCCUGGAAAAACCAAGAAGGGCGAACUUUCUGUGGUACCAAAAGAGAUAAAAUUGCUUUCACCAUGUCUGCAUAUGUUACCUCAUUUGCAUUAUGGUCUCAAAGAUAAAGAGACACGUUAUAGGCAAAGGUACCUAGAUUUGAUUAUGAACCCGAAAGUGCGUGAAACCUUCCAAAUUCGCGCAAAUAUUGUCUCAUAUGUCCGACAAUUUUUGGAUCGCAUGGGUUUCCUCGAAGUUGAAACACCUAUGAUGAAUAUGAUUGCUGGUGGUGCAACUGCAAAGCCUUUUAUUACACAUCAUAAUGAUUUAAAUAUGGAUCUGUAUAUGCGAGUUGCACCUGAAUUAUAUCAUAAAAUGCUUGUUGUUGGCGGCUUGGACCGAGUAUACGAAAUUGGUCGUCAAUUUCGUAAUGAGGGCAUCGAUUUAACGCAUAACCCAGAAUUUACAACAUGUGAAUUCUAUAUGGCGUAUGCUGAUUUCAAUGAUCUCAUCGAGAUAACUGAGAAAAUGAUUUCAGGAAUGGUAAAGGCCAUUCAUGGCACAUAUAAAAUUAAAUACCAUCCCGAGGGACCCGAAGGACCAGAGGAAGAAAUCGAUUUUACACCGCCAUUUAGACGGGUUUCGAUGAUAAAAACUUUGGAAGACAAAUUAAGCGUCAAAUUUCCAUCAGCUACAGAAUUUAGUAGUAGGAACACGACUGAUUUCCUCUCUCAACUCUGCGCAAAACAUCAAAUCGAAUGUCCUCCACCGCGUACAACGGCGCGUUUACUCGAUAAACUAGUUGGUGAAUUCAUUGAAGAAACUUGCAUAAACCCUACUUUUAUCUGCGAACAUCCUCAAAUUAUGUCGCCACUAGCCAAAUAUCACCGUAGUGAGCCGGGAUUGACAGAACGUUUUGAAUUAUUCGUCAUGAAGAAGGAAGUGUGCAAUGCCUACACUGAGCUGAACGAUCCGAUGGUACAACGUGAAAGAUUUGCGCAACAGGCUAGCGAUAAAGCUGCAGGCGACGAUGAAGCGCAACUUAUCGAUGAGAAUUUCUGUACAGCUUUAGAGUAUGGUCUGCCACCAACUGGCGGCUGGGGUCUGGGCAUUGACCGUCUGACUAUGUUCCUUACUGAUACCAAUAAUAUUAAAGAGGUACUAUUCUUCCCCGCCAUGAAGCCAGAGGAGGCUAAUCGCGCGCAACCUCCCAGUGAAGGCAACAAUACUGCCGAUGGAAAAAGUGACCAUUAGUUUGCAGCAACUAAUUAACAGAAAAGGCAAUUUUUGUGAAGUAAUGUAUGGUAAAGUUGGUUAAAGUUAAUGGAAGUUUGACAUAGUAAAUUCUCAACAAAAGAAAAUAAAAAGUAUUUAUUUGCUUUUUUUAAA